CAACGGGGUACGCGUACGACCGCGCACCGUUGUACGAUUAACCGCGUUUUCGUUUUGUGAUUUGUUUCAACUGCGAAUCCGUGUCUUCUUGUGCUUGAAAAAGUCUUUCUGCACGGCCAUGUUUGUCGAGACGAGCGUUUCUCGCCCAAAAUUCGCGUCGUUCCAUGCCAAGCACACCGCGUCCCGAAUGCAAUACAGCAGACUUGGCCUUUGUUUCGCACGUCGAUGUUCGUCGCGCGUUAAUGCUCACGAGAAUACGAGGUUAAUUAUGCCACCGAGAACAGGAUUCAAUAUCCUUCGGGAGCGAUUUCUGCCCGACAGAAGGUCAAUGUCUUCUGUUUAGCAACAGCAGUAAUUUACAAUGGAGCAACUGGGAGAAGGGCAGGCAGUUGUAGUUGGUAGUGCCGGAGGAACUGUUCAAGUUGUUCAGAUGGGACAAGGAGGUCAAGCGAUGAUGUUGCCGCAAGCCAUACAAGUGGCAGCACCAAAUGGACAGAUACAAGUUGUUCCAAUGUCUAGUUUAACUAGUACAGGCCAACAAAUUGUAAUUCAACAACCACAAACACCUCAAAUCAUUCAAACUCCAGAUGGACAAACAUAUAUUUAUCAGCCAGUACAAUUAGAAGGUCAAGUUCAGCAAGCACAACCAACAGUACUUAAUAUCAAUGGGAGUAUUAUGCACAUUGCCGGAGCAACGUCGCAAACUGCAACUACUGCAGCAACUACAACGCCAGUACAACCUUUAGCAAGUCCUACAGCAGCAGCGUCUCAGGCAGGAAAUGUUGUCAUGAUGGUGCCAGGAAAUAGCGGACAAACGCAAUUUCAAAGGGUAGCAUUGCCAAAUGCGGAGGUUUUUGAAGAAGAACCUUUAUAUGUAAAUGCUAAACAAUAUAGACGCAUAUUGAAACGUCGUCAAGCGCGGGCUAAAUUAGAAGCUGAAGGAAAGAUACCUAAAGAAAGACCUUAGAGCAAACGAAAAUGCCAUGAUUACCCAGCACAUCACAACUUCGACCAGCACCAAUACCGUUCGUACUAUAGCAAUAGCAGCAGCAAAUGUAGGUGUUCAGUAUCACGACACAGAUAAUAUGGCCUCCACAAUCGUCAUUGAAGUAAGUAUAAAUUUUUCUGAAUGAAAUCCAGAGAUUUUGGAGUAAAUUUGUUUAUAUGUUUAAACAUUUUGUUUCAGAAACAAGGUAUUCCUCUUCAGGAUAUGAUUUCUGAAGACGAUAUCGUUACCUCAAACAAUUGUUUGAUGUAAAUUGGACGUGGAGGUAUUACAUGAAAAAUUUACAAAUCAAAAACGAAAAAUGUGUUAGUGAUGACAUCCUACGUGUGUUUGCAUUUGUCCAUUUGUAAAUAAUCAUCAUAUAUACAUGUAAAUAAGCAUCAUCUAAUGUAUAUUUGCAGAAAUAAUGCAAAUAUAGUUUCUGAUGAUGAGGUACUGGAAGAAUUAUCAAAGCUGUAUAUAUAUUACGAAAAGGUUAAGAAAAAGUUUACUUAUAUUUUUUUAGCUUUUCUUUAUGCAUAGCCUAA